GUCACCUGUUAUGUAGGUGGCGCUCUCUUCAGCUAUUUGUUUACAAUUUUGAAACAGAUGUUCAAAUGUAAAUUAAGAUUGGAUUAUCAAAAAUUUAUCAAGAUUUUGAAAACCUUAAAAAGAGUAAAAAAAAAAUGGGAAAACGUGACGAUCAGAAGGAACAUAGACGUAGCAAGAAGUCCAAACCUGCUCAAUCUCCUCAAACUUCGAAUACGACAACAGCCGCACCUUCACCUUCAACAACACCCAUAACUAUGAAGGAAGAAGUAAUUUAUGAUGCUGAAAUGAUCGAUGUAGUCGACGUUGUUGAUCACGAGCAGGAAGUAUGUAGCACGCCAACGCCCACCACCCCACCUCAGUCAGCCACGAUUGUUACUCCGCCAAAAGGCAGUAAUAACAAAAGUUCAUUAAGCAGCGGAAAGAAAUCAUCUUCCAAGCAACAAAAUACGACUGCACCAAGCACAAACAGCUCACCCGCAAUAUCAACUGCAGCUAGCACCAGCGCAAGUGCUGCUAAUAGCAAAAAAUCAAAGAAACGAAGAGAUAGCAGCACUUCCAGCGAGGAGGAGCGUUGGCUGACAGCAAUCGAGUCGGGGAAACUAGAAGAAAUGGAUGAUGAAUUGAAAAAAAUGAAAGAUCCGAAACUAAUGACGGCGCGUCAGCGUGCCAUGUACGAGCGUAAUACCGACAAAGAACCCUCUCCAGGUGGUGAACUACUCAUGUCGUUACCGAAUGGUUAUCGUGAAAAGGAAAAGCCACAAACAGCAGAAGAUAUACAAAAAGCGCAGCUGAAGUCACAGAAACGUAAACAGCUUGCUGAUGAGAAACGAGAAAAGGACAAAAAGAAAACAAUGGACCGUUUGCUAAAAAAACAGGAAAGUAAACAACGCAAUGCAACGCGUAAUAAAUCAGCCAAAACAACACUGCCAAUGAUUACAUACCGUAAUACAUUGGAUGGUGCCUACGUACAUUUACCACCUGACCAUGAGUUCCCACUGGCAGCACAAAUGCCACGAUUGCCUCCCAAAGUACAGUUGUGCGGCAUUGCCGGUUGUGGAAAACCCAAGGUAUAUAAUUGUUCCAAAACAAAUAUGCCACUUUGUAGUUUUGGUUGUUAUCGCAAAAAUGUACAAAAUAUACGGCAAAUAAUGUGUUAAAAUAUUUAAUAUUUC